AUGGCACGGUUACCAAACACUCCGAUCAUUGUUGAUGAAUUUAAAUACAUUCCCGGAUGUUUCAUUUAUCUAUUAACCCAUCUUCAUACGGAUCACACUGGUGGUCUUACUCCAAGUUGGAAUAAUGGAAUAAUAUUUUGUAGUGAAAUAACCAAAAGAUUACUCUUGAAAAAGUUUCAAUUACAAGAACCAGAGAGAAUAAUUGCUUUAGAGGAGGGACCAACCUAUUACAUUCCUCUUGUACCACCCAGUCCAAUGCAGGAUCACACAGACACGAAUUUAAAUAUUCAUCAUGAUGUUAAUAUUUGGAGGGAUCCAUCCUAUUGGGUCAAGUUUAACAAUAAUCCUUCUUCCUCUCAAAACAAUAGCAGUAACUUGUCACAAUCAAUGUCAGUUGGUAUGAAUCAAGCCUUGACUGUUUAUGAUAAGGAUACAUCUUAUAUGCAAGUCAAUAUCAUUGAUGCUAAUCACUGUCCAGGAAGUAUUAUGUUUUUAUUGGAAGGCUAUUUUGGAAAUGUUUUAUUUACAGGAGAUUUCAGAUAUGAUGCAAGAAUUCUGCAAGCUCCUUGCUUUAGAGACAAGAAAAUUGACCACCUCUACCUUGAUGACACAUUUCUGGAUAAAAUGUAUGAUUUUCCAACGAGACAAGAGGCUGGUAAACAAGUAAUAAGUGUUAUCAAGUCACUACCAGAUACAACUCAUAUUCUGAUUGCGGUUGACCAUUUGGGUAAAGAGGAGUUAAUGUUGGCUUUAGCAACUACUUUUCAAACUUUAAUAGUUGUGCCCGAAGAAAGAUAUGAACUAUUAGAAUGUAUGAAUGAUAUUAUCCCAAUAGAUUUAUUUACCUGUGAUCCUAAACAAGGUAGAAUUUUUGUAAAAUCAAAGAAGGAAGUCAAUAUGCGGUCAAUAAUUGAGCACAAAAGAAUUUUUGGAGCAACUACUGUUGGUAUUAUUCCAUCUGGAUGGUCUUCUGCCCAACUCAAAGAUCCAACCUCACAAUUAAUUUAUAGAGUACCCUACUCACUCCAUUCAUCCUAUUCGGAAAUAAUAGAAUUUGUAUCCACAUUGAAGCCAAAAAAUGUGUACAGUACUUCAAAAGAUGAAAAUUUAGAAUUGAGAGAUCAAGUUGGAAAAUAUUGUGAUUAUAAUACACCCCUAAAACCUGUAAUUGUUCCACGUUCUGUACUCUCACACAUGGAAAGGUCAUCCAAUAUGAUUGAUCAUAAGAAAAUUACAAGUGUUUCAAAUAUUUCCCCAUCAUCAUCAAUAACUAAAGUGUACAGAAAAAGAAAAUCAUACCCUCCUUCCCAUAAGAAGUUUCUAAAAAUUAUUCCCCAAAAUACACAAACCCAAAAUACCAGUAUUAUUGACCUAACAGACACUGUGAAUACAUCCCAAAUCAAUUUAGAAGAUACCCAAGAUUUACUCUCCCAUAUGUACAAUAGAUCAGAAACAAGCUUUUCAUUGCCAUCCACCCCAAAUAAGAAGAAGGAGUCCCAAAGAAUUGUGGGAUCAUUAGAAGUUUUAGAUGUUUUGGACAAUUUUGUAAAUAUUUCUCCUAUACCUAGUCCAAAAAUUAUUAAGCAUUCCCCUCACAGAAAACAACUUGCCUCUAAACAUUCAAUAGAGCAAGUGUUGGUGGACAAUAAUGGAAUACCAAUUCUGGUACCAAAAGAUACAAACUUGGAAUCUGAUGAAAUAUAUAACUUAUCACUUUCUCCCCACAGUGGGGAUGAAAAUGCUUUUGAUGAAAGUGAGAUUUUGAAUAAUAUUGAUUUAGAACAAUCACCAGAGGAAAGUAUUAUUAUUAAAACUGCUAACAAUCAGCAGUUGCCAUCAAAGAAAAGAAAGCAUGUUGAAACAAGACAAAUUUUAGAAUUAAGCGAUGAUGACGAAAUAGUACUCAAACCAGCAACCAACAAGACAACAUCUCAUUAUGAAUCCAAUACAAAAAAGUUGAAACUUGCGACAAAUCUUUCACAGAUAGAAUUCUCACUAGAGGCUAAUCCUGUUGUUGCUCAAGACGAAAUUGACAAGAACGAGCCCUAUCCACAAGGUUACUCACAAAUUUCUUGGGAUGAUUCAGAUGAAGAUGUAAAAUUAAUACCACACCAGAAAAACAAAACAAGCCAAACACUCCAUAAAACUACAAAACCAACCAAACAAUCCAGUUCCCUCAGUUUGACAGACAUUUUCUUUCCUAAAGCGACAAGGCAUUAA